CUUUGUUCUACCACGUGCUUCCGGUAGAACGUCACUUCCUCCCCACGCGAGCUACUUCAAGCAUUUUUACUAUGGAGUCAGCAGAAGAGGACUCGUUGCACGACCAGAGUUCAGAGGAUGAAGCCAGUGAAUUAUCGGAUGGACAGCUUCAGGAAGCUUUCUCUAAGGGAUUGCUAAAACCUGGGAUGAACGUUCUGGUGGAGAAGAAUAAGAAGCUUGUCAACAAUGUGGAGGGGUUGAAACAGUGCCUAGCUGAUUUCCGCAAAGACCUACCUUGGGUGGAGAGGUUAGACAUGACCAAUCUGCCAGCUGAAGAUGUCGUCUCUAAAAUUGAAAUGAAAGUUUCUGCGGGGACCAAUGGAGAACUCGAUGCUGAUGAUGAUUUCCAAAGAGAAAUGUUCUUCUACCGACAAGGUCAGGCUACAGUCCUGGAGGCCCUGCCUCUCCUCAAAGUGCACAAUAUAGCCACUAAGAGGCCGGAUGAUUAUUUUGCAGAGAUGGCCAAGUCAGAUCAGCAAAUGCAGAAGAUAAGGCAAAAGUUGAUCACAAAGCAGAUGAUCCUGGAAAGGUCUGAAAAGGCCAAAAAGCUGCGUGAGCAGAGGAAGUUUGGGAAAAAGGUCCAAACAGAGGUGAUUCAGAAGAGACAGAAGGAGAAGAAGGCUAUGAUGUCAGCAGUAAAGAAAUACCAGAAAGGAAUGACUGACAAACUGGAUUUCUUGGAAGGAGACCGGAAAGCAUCUAAGAAUUCGUCUGAUGGGUCAAAGAAAGCUUUACCCAAAAAGGGCCCUAAUCCUAAGCGAAAAUACAAGGAUCAAAAGUUUGGCUUUGGAGGUAAAAAGAGCGGGAAGAAGUGGAACACCAAAGAGAGCUUCAACGAUGUUUCCGGUUUCCGAGCCAAAAUGGCUCACGACAAGGGAGCAAGGAAAGGCAAAGGAGGGAAUAAAAAUAAAAAUAAACGUCCAGGCAAGUCUGUCCGCAGGAAGAUGAAGGGUCGCUCAUAAACUGGACUACAUGUAUAUAUUUUAUACAAUGUUAUUAAACGUGGAAUCGUGUGCAGAUGUUGGAACACCGUAAAACCCUUUUAGAACACACACUUUAAGAUGGAUCCUGUUCAGACAGAGGUUAACUGCAGACUUGGAUGAAAAACAGAUGUUUUACUCCAGGCAUUUUCAAGUCAUCUUUUAUUGGUCAUCGAAUGAUGGUCUUAAGCCAUUUUUGGAGACCACAUGUCAGUAUCUACUCCAGCUGCCGUGCUGUCUAAUGGAUACCAUGUAUUCUGACUUUGGGAUACUGUUUUUGUGUUUUUCUGAAUCUGCCCCUGGACUUAAUAGAUUCUCCUAUGUGGCAUGACCUUUUAUUACCAAGCUGCUGUCAGUUUUGCCUUUGCCCAUUCAUUAGUAUGUAAUGUGUUUUGUAUAGAUUUGUGGUUUACUUUGAGAGUAAACCACACAUAUGCAAAUAAAGCAGGAAUGUUUUAAUGAUGAACAC